AUGGCCCGCUGCGAGCGGCUACGUGGUGCGGCCCUGCGCGGCUUGCUCGACAGGGCGCAGGGGGUCUUGUUCGACUGCGAUGGGGUGCUGUGGAACGGCGAGCGCGCCGUGCCAGGCGCCCCGGAGCUACUGGAGCGGCUAACGGAGGCCGGCAAGGUGGCGCUGUUCGUGAGCAACAACAGCCGGCGCACGCGGCGCGAGCUGGUCCUCCGCUUCGAGCGCUUCGGCUUCAGGGGGCUGUCCCACGAGCAUCUCUUCUUCAGCUCCGCGCAUUGCGCCGCGCGCCUGCUGAGCCAGCGCCUAUCCGGGCUCGACACCCCGGGUGCUGUGUUCGUGCUGGGCGGCGAAGGGCUGCGCGCCGAAGUGCGCGCCGCGGGGCUGCGCCUGACGGGGGACCCCGGCGGGGACCAGCGCGUGCGCGCCGUGCUCGUGGGCUACGACGAGCACUUCACCUUCGCCAAGCUGAGCGAGGCGUGCGCACACUUGCGCGACCCCGACUGCCUGCUCGUGGCCACCGACCGCGAUCCGUGGCACCCCCUCAGUGACGGCAGCCGAACCCCCGGCACCGGGAGCCUGGCCGCUGCGGUGGAGACAGCUUCGGGUCGUGAGGCCCUGGUGGUGGGCAAGCCCAACUCCUACAUGUUUGAGUGCAUCACAGAGCACUUUGGCAUGGACCCCAGCCGCACGCUCAUGGUGGGCGACCGCCUGGAGACCGACAUCCUCUUUGGCCACCGUUGCGGCCUGACCACCGUGCUUACCCUCACCGGAGUGUCUCGCCUGGAGGAGGCCCAGGCCCACCUGGCGGCUGGCCAGCAUGAGCUGGUGCCUCAUUACUAUGUAGAGAGCAUCGCGGACUUGAUGGAAGGGUUGGAGGGCUGA